CCCAGAUAUAAUUCACACAUAAAAUGAAAUCUUUUGUGUAAUUAUUGGUAUCUCUCUUUGCAGCUUUUAUAAAAGCAGUGGGUGGUCGCUUUAAAGUAGAGCUUUCUCUCUUUGGCAUGACCGGUCGUCUGGAUUAAACAGCAGCCACAGUAGCUGUUCAGGGAUGUGUCCGAGUUUAGAGCACCGCCCUCAAACACUGGACUCAGCUGCAGAGAGACACCGCUGCCUGGCUGUCAGUCUGACUGAGGACCGACAUACUCCACACUACAACCCUGAACCCUGUUUUACCGAAGACUCUGAGAGAGUAAGGAGUUUGGACCAGGUUCAGAUAGCAACAAGACCGGGCAUGACGAUGCGGGCCAAGUUGAGGGUGUAGCCACAUCUGGGGGAGACUGCUGAAGUAAGCAGGAGCCUCAGCACACCGAACCACCGACUGCAGAGGAGGAAGAUGGGAGAGACAGAGGAGGAGAGGGAUAAUGUGGGGAAGCAGUUUGAGAACUUUGUCCAGGCCUCCACCUGUAAGGGGACCCUUCAGGCCUUCAAUGUCCUCUGCAGACGGCUGGACCUGGACCCUGCAGACCACAGCACCUUCUACAGCAGCCUGAAGGCCAGUCUCACCUCCUGGAAGGCCAAAGCUCUGUGGAGUAAGCUGGACAAGAGGAUGUCACAUAAGGAGUACAAGAAAGGCCAAACCUGUGUGGGCACCAGGUGCCUCAUCAUCGGAGGAGGCCCCUGCGGCCUGCGAACAGCCAUUGAGCUGGCUCUGAUGGGUGCCAAAGUGGUGGUGAUCGAGAAGAGAGACUCCUUCUCACGGAACAACGUGCUGCACCUUUGGCCAUACACCAUCCACGACCUGCGGGGCCUUGGAGCCAAAAAGUUCUAUGGCAAAUUCUGUGCCGGGGCCAUCGACCACAUCAGCAUUCAGCAGCUGCAGGUGGUCUUACUGAAGGUGGCCCUGAUUGUUGCCGUGGAGUUUCACAUCAACGUAGAGUUUGACAAGCUGUUAGAACCUCCAGAGGAUCAGGAAAAUGAAGGGAUCGGGUGGAGAGCUGCAAUCCGACCUGCUGAUCACCCUGUGGCUAACUUUGAGUUUGACGUGGUGGUUGGGGCUGACGGGCGCAGGAAUACUCUGGAAGGUUUUAAAAGGAAGGAGUUCAGAGGGAAGCUGGCGAUCGCCAUCACAGCCAACUUCAUCAACAGGAACACCACUGCAGAGGCCAAAGUAGAGGAGAUCAGCGGUGUGGCCUUCAUCUUCAACCAGAAGUUCUUCCUUGACCUGAAAGAGGAGACAGGUAUCGAUCUGGAGAACAUUGUGUAUUACAGGGACAACACGCAUUACUUUGUCAUGACUGCAAAGAAACAGAGUCUGCUGGACAAAGGAGUCGUUAUUAAUGAUUACGCAGACACCCAGAUGCUGCUAUGCAGUGAAAACGUCAACCAGGAAGCUCUGCUGUGCUACGCUCGAGAGGCUGCUGACUUUGGCACCAACUACCAACUUCCCACACUGGAUUUUGCCAUGAAUCACUGCGGGCAGCCAGAUGUGGCCAUGUUCGACUUCACCAGCAUGCACGCAUCUGAGAACGCUGCUCUGGUCAGGGAGAGGUUUGGACACCAGCUACUGGUCUCGCUGGUUGGUGACAGUCUGCUGGAGCCCUUCUGGCCCAUGGGGACGGGCUGUGCUAGAGGCUUCCUGGCUGCUUUCGACACAGCCUGGAUGGUAAAGAGCUGGGCUCAGGGACGGACUGUUCUGGAGGUGCUAGCUGAGAGGGAGAGUAUUUACAGGCUGCUUCCACAAACAACACCUGAAAACAUUGCCAAAAACUUUGAACAGUACACCAUAGACCCUGGGACUCGAUACCCCAACCUCAACUGCUCUUGUGUCAGGCCACACCAGGUGCGUCACUUGUACAUCAGAGGAGAGCUGAGUUCCUGCUCUUUGGAGCGAGCUGCUACCAUACGUCGUCCUGUCAACAUCAGCAGACGAGAGUCUGAGAUCAGACCUGGAAGGCUUCUCACUUGGUGCCAGAAACAGACCGACGGCUACAAGAAUGUGAACAUCACAGACUUGACAUCAUCUUGGAGGAGCGGCAUUGCUCUCUGUGCUUUGAUCCACAGUUUCAAACCGCAGCUGAUAGACUUUGACUCACUGAAUGAAGAAAACCAUGCUGCUAACCUCCAGCUGGCUUUUGACAUCGGGGAGCGGGAGUUUGGGAUCCGAUCGAAGGAGCUGAACACUGAUGAGGAGCUGGACAAAACCAGGAUGACCACCUACCUGUCCAAGUUCUAUGAACUCUUCCGUGGCACACCUCUACCUGCCUCAGGUUCCAGAGGAGUGGAUGAAAACAAUGAAGAUUAUCCAUCGAGAGAAGUCAGAAGUAAUAAUAAUGUGCUCAAUCUUGCACUGCCGAGGAAAAGGGUACCAAAGGAUGAAAAGAAGUCAGACGGUACAGAUGCCAUCUACAAAAGGAGGAGGAAAUUUAACAGUUGUUUGGAGGAGGCCACCAAUCUGUCGAGUAAUGGAUCCGCAGUGCGAGAGAGCCCAGAGCCCAAGGAAAAUAAAGUGCGCUCAAUGGCUACUCAGUUGCUGGCAAAGUUUGAGAGCUCUCCCACUACCAUCAGGAGAACACAGUCGGACUGUGAGAGGUCCUUCCCGCUGCAAUCUCUUGACCUGACUGAGAGUCUGCACAAUAGAUACAGACCCCCGGUUCCACCUAAACCUCCUCCUGAGACACAGUUUGAAGUCAGUUUGAGAAAAGCAGCCCAACACUUAGUACGCCCACCUCCAAAGACCCUGCCCAAGCCUCAGCUCCAUCCUCUAUCCCAGCUUCAGUUUUCUGUAGUGAAGCUCAGACAUGUCGAUCAAAAGCCCCCGCCUGAGCCUGAGAGCGCAGACCCCCCUGAUCCUCCUGCUCCUCCUCCUACCUCCUGCCAGUCAGCAAUCAAUUUCAUGUCAAGAGUCCUGCAGCGCCUCAAGGAGGUGGAUGAACACGUCUCUGAGGGUGGCUCACUACGAAAGGCGUUCCCCCCGUCAGGUGACAGGUGUCACUUAUGUGAGAAGCGUGUGUAUAUGGUGGAGAGGGUCUGUGCAGAGGGUCUGUACUUCCACAGGGAGUGUUUUCGCUGUUCUACCUGCAGCUCUGCUCUGAGACAGGGAGCACAUGCCUUCGACUCUGAGCAGGGGAAGUUGUACUGCCAACUUCACUUUGAUCAACGCAACAGUGGAACAAACCUGCGGAGGAAUUUAUCUCAACGCUCAAUUCGUAAUGGAGCCGGCGUUCAGGAACAGUCUGCGGCUGACACACAGAGCCCGGAGUCUCCCAGCACAUUAGACCUGCAGAGUGAAUCCUCAGCAGGUACCUUCAGCUCCAUCAUAAGGAAACGCCUGAGCUGGCCUUUGAGUGUGACUCGCUCAGUGUGUAACGCUCCAUGGUAUCUGGCCCAGCGUGCGCGUAGCACAGCACAGGCCCUCACCAACCACCUGAGGGUCAAUGCCCAGGACUACGCUUUCCUCUAUGAGCUGCUGAGCAUGAGUGUGCCCCUGCUGCUUGUAUUACAGGAAGUAGUGCUGCAGAUGUACACGGAGGCUGUGCCUGAUGAGCCGGGCUCCUUACAGUCUGCACUGCUGUGGCUGCAGGAGCAGAUCGAACACAGGCUCAUGUAGACAGCUGAUAAUAUUUGACCAUGAUCCCAAAUAUCAUUAGAUCUGUGGCAUAGCUGCACAUAAGCCUGUCGGUAUUAUUAUUUGUAGCUGUGCACAAGCACCUUUUUAUGUUUACCUGCCUUCCUCCAUGAAACUGUGGGCAGAUUUGAUCAAGGACACUGUACUGCAGGGUAGUGGGAACAUUUUAAGGGUUAUUAAAGCUGCAGUAAAAUAUGUUGCAGUGGUUUGAUGUGGGCUAACACAAGUUAAACAGCUUUAGUUGUUAAAAUGAAAAAGGCCAAAGUCAUUGCAUUAGAGACUGGAGACUGCUGAAAUCAUCAUUGCUGUAAAUAUAACCUUCUAACCGUCAUGGAAAAUGAUCCUGUAGUUAAUACAGUUUAACUCAGGCUUUGACUAACUGACUGACUGACUUGAUGCACUUUAUUCUUUGAGACCUGCCGAGUCGAGCGCACAGAGAACUCUCAUGUUUUCAUGUGAAGGCAGACCACCAGGCAGGUUUAUUUUUGACUGCAUAUGUGCUUCUGCCAUGUGUUCUUUGAGUUUUUAUAUAUAUGCAGGUUUGUGUUUUACACAGAUGUCAUCAGUUCUCUCAUUAUCUUUAUAAACUCAUCACUCAGUUUACCUUCAGUUUUGAUUUAUUUUCCUUGAUGUUAAACCAAAGAGUUCUUGAUGUUUUGAUGCUGUGGUCUGAAGUUCCUUCCUCAGUUUUUAGUUUUACUUUGCUGCCAUCUGCUGUUGACUCUCAGAAUAACUAUGAAGACAACAUCAGACAUCAUCAUAUUUAACCUCUUCUGUGUAACACUACAGAUAUGAAGUGUUUAAUGAUUGGAUGCUGAAAUGUUUACUGUAGACGACAGAAGCUGAUGUGUUUGAAUGUGCUUGCCGCUCUUGCCUUAAUGUAAAGCAUGUUGUUCAAAGAUCAACAGCAAACCUCGCUUCAUCGGAAGCCUCACAGUUGCUUCCCUUUCAGACACACUAUCUAAUGAUGCUUCUGAGGCACUUUAGAGAAUUUCUAAAAAUUUAUUAUAUUUGUUGACGUAAUUCAGCCUUAAUUUUAAGUGUUUACAGCAUGAUGUGUUGAAUUUGCAACAUGUUUGUCUUUCAUCAGUGACCUUAUGUUUCAUGUUGAAUUACUGUACCUGCUGCUCGUGAUGUGAGCUUACAGUUUGCUUUACAGUGCAGGAAAAGGUUCAAGACUUUAUUGUUUUUAAAAUGCCAAAGAACUGUUUUCAUACACACUGACCGGACUUGUGUAACUUUUGUUUUUCACGUCUGUAUAACACAACAAUCACACAAACUGUAACUUGGUGCCAACUCACAACCGUUGUCUUCGUGAUGAAUGUCAGUAUUUUGCUUCCAUGAACAUUUUCUACUUUUGUUUCUUUCAUCUGUUGUUUGUCUGAGUAUAAGAUCAUUUCUCUCUCUCCCUCUCAUUCAGCUGAAGCUUUUUAUGAAGAGUGUGACGCAGGAGAAAUGACAUUUUGAAGGUGAUCACCUGCAUGGUCACAUGUUCGUGUGUCAUCCUUGUGAUGUUUGUAAUAAAUGGCUGACACAGAGCUUCUGACGUGACUUAACAUUCGAGUUUCUUUGAAGUGAGACUGAACUAAAGUCAUAACUAAUGAAUGGUUUGACUGUCUGUCAUUGAUCCUUGAGCUGUGUUUGGAUUGAACGAGUAAUAACCAAGCCUACUUCUAGACCAAUGAACUGCUUCCCUACAUCUGUUUUUCAAAUAUUUAUAAAGAAUGAAUAAUAAAGUGGAACCAAAGAACAAGUCACUCUAUCAGGUUUGUACAAACUAGAAAAAGAAGUCAGAUCAGAUCUUCCUCACACUUCUUGAAGUAAUGUAAUAAAAGAAUACCGCUGAA